AGACACCAAGCUCUGGGCUCUGACAUUCACCAAUCGGGAAAGCAGAGCGAGAACAGCAGCAGCGAGAGAGUGAAGAGACCUGAUCCCAUGCAAGCUGCAGGGGGAAAGCCACACUAAAGCACGCCGUCUCCUGUGUUGGAAAGCUGACAUUUGCCCGCUUGGAGCCGGUUCUUGCAGACGGAUGCCUGCUCGUUUUGGCUGCGGUAAUAGCCUUAGCACCUCUCCUUCUCCUAGUGGAGCGGAUUUGUGAGGGAUCUUAACAAGGCGACGCUCCGCCACUGGCUGGGAUCCUGCGAGACGCCCGGGGCAGGCUCUCUGUCCGGCUGCCAGUCAAGCCGCAUAGAGACCUGGACAUAGCUUGGAGUUGGACAUAAACGUCUCUGAUUGGAUUCUUCCUCCCUGUGCGGCUUCUUGCUUUCUGUCAUCACAUCGGCUGCAAAUCCCAUUUCGCUAUUUUUUCUCUCUCUUUCCCAUGCAACAUUGACGCCAUUUUCCUCGGGGUUUUGUGUCAAAAAAGCAUACAAGUAUAUUCCAGGAGCCUGUGACAGCUCCCCGGGAGGCUGUCAUCCUAUCCGUCGCUUGUGUGAAAUGUGUCUAAAUGGAUUGUAAAUGAUCUUGAUAAAUAAUUUACACGUCAGAGCUCAGUGUGUGACAACAUUAGACAUGGAUUGUCCCUGGCUUCCCAGCGUUUCUGUGGGCCAACCAAGCCAAGCCCAAUAGCUGAUUGACAACAACCCAGCAGCCCAACUGACUUCCAUUGUCUUUUGUCUGAUUGGCUGGCUGCCACAGCUUCCCCCCAUCCUGACUGGCUCUGGCGGGAGAGUGGAUGGAGCCAAGGGAUCUGGUUGGCUCGGCCCGACCCAAAGAGGCGGAGUUACAGGGAGGCAGGGCGGAGCGGAAUGAAGACGAAGGAGUACGAGGUAUUGGCUUGGCACACGGUGAUGAUGUGAUUAAUGGUGGCAUCAGUGAAGGGGAGGGGCUUGAAGAACAGGGAGAGGGGCUUCUGGAAGAGCAGGAGUUCUCCAUCAAGGAAGCAAGUUUUCAAGAAGGAAGUCUAAAGCUGAAGAUCCAGACCACCAAGCGCACCAAGAAGCCCCCCAAGAACCUUGAGAACUAUAUUUGUCCUCCAGAGAUUAGGAUGACCAUCCGACCUCCCGCUGGAGAAGGCAAAGGGGGGCGUCAGGGGCGAACAGGAGGCGGGGCCGUAGCAGGGCGGGGCCAAAAGGAUGAAGAACGAGGACCGCCCAGAAAAAGGACGUACGAGCGCCAGUUCCGGUCUGUUCAAGGAGGCCUGUUGCAACUACUGGGAGAUCCCUCUCCACCUAAACACCAGCCUCGCAACACUCUGGUCCCUGCACCCACUCUCUCCCUUGUACAACCAAUACAACACACCCCCACGCAACAAUUCCAACACGCUUCCCAGCACCAAGUCAGUCCCGACUGGAUCACAUUCAGAGCACCUUCUGUUUCUCCAGCCAAUCCUGAGCCACCCAUAGAACAGGCGGGAGCCAGUAGGAGCUCUUUGAUGGAUUCAAAUGCACCUUUCUCAAGAACUGUGACUCACAGCCACUCACCUCAAAGAUCGUUGACUCCAGACUUGCAGUUGCCAGUUGUUACAGAUGCCAGUAUUCUCAACUUGACCUCUCUCAGCAGGGGGAGAGGUUUACAGGACGUUAACGAGCAGCUCUUCGGGAACAUCAAGCGGAAGUAUGGCAGGAAGGACUCCCAGAAGAUGCUGUCUAAUCCUGAUACGCAGUGGGGAAGACAGUCUGAAAAAGAAACAGAGUGCCCAUCUAAUUCAGAGGACAGGCAGAGGUACAGACAAGAAGCUACGACUGAACUGUUUUGUGAAGAAAGAGAGGACAGGAGGAAGGAUGAAAGAGAGCGAACACUUCCUGGUAGGAGAGGGGAUGAAGAGGACAGAGAGAUGCCGGUGCUGACAGAGGAAGGAAAAGGAAGAAAGAGGCGGAGAAGGCCUUCUUUUGAUGAGUCCUGUGCUGUUGAAGAACAGUCCCGGCAGCGAAAGGACUCUGAUACAACGGAGAAGCACCAGCAUAAGCCUCCAGAACCCAAAGUCGCUCAUAAGAUGGAGACUCACAAAAAUGAUUCCAGGCUCUCAAGUCAGGCUGAUGUCAGUCUAGAGGGGAUAGCAAAAACCGAGAGACUGGAUAAAGGUGAUAAGAGAGAAAAGGGAGAAAGGGUAGACAGGACGGAAAGAGAUGAAUUAGUUAAGAAUGGGCCUGAUCCAGAAUCAACUUUGAGUAUCAACAGAUUGAAAAAGAACCCUGUGGGCCGGCCUAAGAGCAACACUGAUCCACAUAAACACAGAGAUCUUGCUCCUAACAUCAGUAAACCGAACAUAUCCACAAAUCCCACACUUCCUAGCCCAAACCCCAGCCCAAGCCCCAAGGGAAGUAUGAGUUCAAGCCCUAAGCCCAGGCCGAACUUAAGCCCCAGCCCCAGACCAUGGGGAGCCCUGAGUCCUAGUCCAAGUCACAGCACCAAUUCGACAGUAAGUUCCAGAUCAAGCAAGGGUAAGGACAGAUGGUCGUACCUGAAAGCAAAAACCCACACAACCAUCACCUCACCGCAGAGAGACAUCUGCAGUAGUCCAUCAAUGGUAGCCGACCCGCCGUCUGCCUUUCCUAUCACUCCUUCGAGCCCACUUUACACCAAUACUGACAGCCUGACCGUCCACAUGCCCAUCAAAAGGAAAAGAGGACGCCCCAAGAAGCAACCCCUUCUAACUGUUGAGACUAUCCAUGAGAGCACUUCCACUUCACCUCCAAGCCCCCUUGUACAAGAAACCUCUGCAGGGCUAAACCGCAGGAGGAAGACACACUCACCUAACACAUUAUUGCAAAUGGCAUCAACAGCUACUAGUGCCAAUGCCAACAGUCUGAAAGUAAAACGUGGCAAAAGCAAUUCAAGGCCAGUGAACAAGGUGAAGCUUGGUAAAAUGCAGAGCAUCCUAAAUGAGAUCCUGUCAAGCACCAGUAAGAACAACACGUCGAAGUCUCCAUCUGCACCCGUUACCUCUGCUAUGAGCGCGAUGGCAUCUACCAUUGAGGCUCGUCUGGGAAAACAAAUAAAUGUCAGCAAGAGAGGAACCAUCUACAUUGGUAAAAAGAGAGGCCGGAAACCUCGAGCUGAAACGCAAGGCUCCAACCUUCCAAAAACGAUAAGGGACAAGCCCUCUAUGUCUGUCUCAAUGUCCGGUCUCUAUGAGAGCUCCAUUGUGGCAGCAAACACCUCCUCUCCAAGUUCCAGUACUCCAUCAAUGCGCGCCAGCCACUCUGAUGCCACUAUGCCUAGUCUGCAGCCCAUCUCAGCCCUGCCCCCGAAACAUCUAGGUAGAGGAUUCCUCUCUGGGGGAUGGAAACUGUCACCGCCACGUCUUCUGGCUAAUUCACCCUCCCAACUAUCAGAAGGUGCAUCAGUGAAGGAGGUCACCUUGUCUCCAAUCAGCGAGUCCCACAGUGAAGAGACCAUUCCCAGUGACAGCGGGAUUGGUACUGACAACAACAGCACCUCGGAUCAAACUGAGAAAGGCCCUGCAUCUCGGCGCAGGUAUUCAUUUGAUCUGUGUGGAUUUGAGGCUGCAGAGGCUGCUGCUCUGGAAGCAUCCGCCAAAGGCAACAGAGCUCGAAGUGAACGACAAGUAGCUGCUGUGGACAACUUUCUCACCCAGCAGGAGAAGAAGCAAAAACAUAAUCGCCGUAAGAGGAAGUGUCUUCAGAGUCGGGACCAUCUUCAAUUUCUUUCUGAGUUAGAGGAGGUUGUGUCAAAGCUCCAGCAGCUACGAGUGUCUCACAGAAGAUACACCUGUUAUCCACAGCAUCCCUAUCCCUCUAUUUUCCGCCUCAACUUCCACCAUUAUUACCCAGUCACCUAUGACACCUACCCCUGCAACUCCAGUCCGUAUAUCCGCAGGAGUGCUGAUCUAAAGGCCAAGAGGAGACGGGGUCGUCCAGCCAAAGCCAGUGAGCCAAUCACCUCUAAGCUACCUUUUGUUCAAGGAUAUGGCUAUCCGCUGGCGGGGGGAAAUUACUAUGCAGCACCGUAUGCCAUGCCUUACACGCCCCAUCUCAGUCUGGGCUACUUCCCCGCUGCGCCUCCGUUCUACCUGCCCCACCACUCCCUUGGACAUGUUCCCCCAUCACCCUUUAUGAGACCUGCUGUUCCCCCUCCAAAGGCUUUCCACUCCAGUGGACACGCAAAGCUCCAGGCAGGGGUCAAGCAUCUCAGCGCCAGUGGUCAACUUCAGGGACCUUCUGUGAGAGGAGAGGUUUUGGGAUCACUGGGGAAUGGCGGUUCUGGUGGUCUCGGAGUUGUCCGCCUCCAUAAGAGGAAGCACAAGCACAAACAUAAGCACAAAGACGAACCCUUGCUUUCUCCACGAGACCGUCAGGAGUUGGGUGGCCUCUUCAGUGGGGCAAAGGCCAGUUCACAUUACAACAUGCUGAGUGACUCAUCCAGGCAGGGCCUUGCAAAGCAUCAGGAGAAGCAGAGGGCCAAUAGUAGAGGGCCAAGCCUGGGAUCCACUUUGGGGAUGUUUGAAUCGGAAAAUCUGUCCUCACACUCUCUUUCUGACAGCCACUUCCACUCUCGUCAGACUGGACAGCCUACUAACAGCUUCAUGAGUAGCUACAGUAGUCAAUCACAGCAACCAGAAUCCGCAUCCUUCCUCUUCCUUGGGUCACAGGAGGAUGAAUGUGGUUCGAGGAGCAGGAAGAUGAGACCCACUGUGUUUGGAGAUCAAGGCCUAAUGCCUUUGCAGACUGCCAGGCAGGACUCAGGACAGAUGAAUGAGUGUGCCAGCCCUCCUCUCUCUGGUGCUCCCAGUAAGCGUCGGUAUAAGCGUCGAGAGGUGGAACAGAUCCAGAAAGAGGUGAGGAGGAUGCAUUCUUUGAACUUCGAGCAUGUGCAGAAAAUCCUCCGUGCCAAGCGCCUGCAGCGACAAGCCAAAACAGGAAACAAUGUUAUCAAGAGACGACCUGGACGGCCCCGAAAACAACCCCUGGAUGAUGAAUCAGGGCCGGCCAACAGGAGAGAGGAGAACCGGGGCGAUAGUCGCGGUUUGGACUUGUUGUCCACUAAGAGAGGUGAUGGCAGGACUCAGGGGAUGCCUGUUCUGGAGAGGUGUGACGAGCCACCAGGUAGACAGAGCCUCAGGCCUGCUUUGAUCCCAGAGCCUCUGGACUUCCCCAGCCAUGAUUCCAUCUCGGCAGCCAUUGAGAAGGUGGUCCAUAAAGCUCGGACAGUGCCCCCGCCGGCCAAAGGAGGCAAACGCAGGGGCAGGGGCCACACCAGGGACGACUUAUGGGCCCCCUCCAAUCAAUAGACCCGCAGGAGGCAAACCUUGUAAAUGAACAAGAGCUUUUAAAGGAGCAAGCAAUGUUUCAACCUUAUCAGAUCCAGUGCCCUUAAUCCCAGGACUCCUUGGUGCACUUUGGUUUGGGAGGAUGACAGUGAGUCAGAACACUUUUGUUGCUAUCCCUCUGUUUGGACGUGAGCCUUUUCAGGAUUCCUUGGACCUACGUUUAAUAUGGCACUAUCCAGUCCCAUUUAAUACUGUGUGGUACUUAUGAUAGCAUAGGAUAUUAUGUGAUUCUUUAUGUAUAUGAUACAGUCAUGUGUAUGGUACUUUACGAUACUGUACCUGAAUGUGGCGAGAGCCAUAUAUUACCAGCAAGGGGAGGGAGGGACCGAGGGAGGGGGGUUAUGGUUCAUAUAAAACUGUGCAGCUCAGCUUAUUUUCUGCCUUUCUAAAGGAGCCUGUCAAAGAGAAUACAGCAGUAAUUAAGCCACCCUCCCCUUCUACUUAUCCUGGUGUUUGCGCUCAUGUCGCUUCAGUGUUUGCUUAUCCUCUUGGAAGUGAUUUUUUGGUCCACCCCUGCAGCUCAAUCCCAUUUCCCUUCUUCCCCUUCACCUCCUCCCCUACCUUCCUCCUUUUCAUAUCUGUCCUGGACGCUGACGUGAAGGCAAUACGGUAGACGAGACUGUCCGAGACUGUACAUAGACACAACUUCCACUCAUGCCUGCCUUGUACAAGAGGAAACCAGCUCACAGACUAGAAUUCAGUAUAUCCAAUAUAAUUGUUGUACAAUAGACAAUAAACGUUGCAUAUUGUUUUUAUAACCAAAAACAGACAUGGGUGCGACUCAAGACACGUUUGUUUUCAGAUAGAAAGAACCACAUAUAUUCAGUCAUACACUCAUUAUUGUGUUUAUAUCUCGGGGGGAGGGCGGGGGGCAUUGUAUACAGUGGGAAUAUCAGGUGUGUUUCUUUUUUUGGUAAACCUUAAAAGUGGGUUUAAUGCACUAUGAAAAACCAUACACUUGCAUCAAUCAAAUGCAGCACUUAAAUGCUUGUUCCCGCCUUAUGUUGUUUGGCCUUGGAUGGUGUGGAUUUCCAUUCCAGAGAGCAUGCAUUACUUUUAAUCAAUUUGUAUAUGCAGGCUGCGCAGCCAAAAGCGUCAAACCGAAGCUCGGCUAUGAAUUGAAUGGAGAGGGCUCACAUUAAGUGGUAUGAAAAGCUAACCCCACUCUUUGUAAUUGCAUUUGAAAACUAUUUUUGGGACAGAGAAUCAAAAAUUCAGUAUUUUAUAACCAAAGUCUCAGUAUUAAUUGUGAGGACGUGUUAUUUAGUGUUAUUUAAAAGAAUUGAAAUCAGCGUCUUCAUCGUGUUGGCACCAAUGUAAAUCACCCCCUUUGUGCACUCUAGAAUGUAGCCGGGAUUGUUUUCAUGUGUACGUGUAACAUGUUCUUUUAUCAAAUGCUUCACUAGUGUAUAUUCCACAUAUAAAGACAGAUUCAUUGUUCUACUUCAGGAGAUUCUGUGUCAUUUUGGUCGGGCUGGGAUUCUCAGUCGCAGCAGCUCAACUUGUGCCUUAUGAUUUUUUUUAUGUUUUCCUCUGAUAGUCAAUGAUAUUUGACCUGAGAACUAGCAAGCAGCAUUUAACAUAUACCAUUACAAAUAUUGUGCAGUGAUUGUGCAUAUGAAGCAUGUGUGAUGAUCCUCUUUACCGCAGCUCGAUUGGAUCCAAAUGACCGUAGCAUAAAGACCAUAUGAGAUCAGUGCACUGGCCCACAUCCUAUGUUGUUUGGCUUUUUAGCAUCUUUAAGCACCGCCCUGUUAGAUGAGAUAUUAAAGAUCAUUUUCCAGUAAGGGCUUCUAAGCGAGCCCACACUAAGUCAGGAAAACUGCUUUCCGUUAGCAUGAUUUGAAUGAUUUGUAAUAGUAACAUUGAACUCAUUCAUAAACUCACACUUCUUGAAAAGUGUACCCUCCUUGUAAAGUAGAAGCCACAUUGUGUCAUUUGCGACUUACAAACAGCUCUAUACUCAUCAACGGAGGUUGUCACACCCACAUUGUUGUUGCUGCCUUCAACAGCGGUCCUGUGUACUCGAUAAAAUUGAACAAAAAAUAGUGAUUAAAACCAGUGGGUUUUUUUUCAAAGAUGUGCAGAAAGUAGUUAGUUCAUCCAAGAAAGUCUUAAGCAGUAAAAGACUGGAGUGUUUUCUCCUUUGUUAAUAGUAGGGUUCGACAAAAUGUUCUUUAUUGAUCGAAACAAUCACUGUAUCGAUUAAUUGGUAUGGGAUGUCUCUCUGAAUUUUUCUGAACUCCUGUCUCCGUGCCAGUGUUGAGUUAAACAGAAUAAUACUGUUCAUAGGAGUUGUGCUAUAUUCAGUCAUUAUGCCCGUCCCUCCUAAAACGUGGGAUUGAAGUUUAUCGGAAGUGUAUGAGACUGCCCCGACCCCAACAUACAGUACAGUUGAGGGUACCGCCUGAGACAUAGAUUUUAAUGUAGCUCUGUUGUUGUUCCAGUCAUACCAAAAGUAAUAAUAACAUGCCUUAUCACAGCGUUAAAGGAAAGAACCCCACAGUAGUCAACCAAAAAUAGCAAUCCCUGCUGAUUCGCAACUAUUUUGCCUGCAGCCAGUUGGGGCAGCGCAGUAGCAUGAAGAUGCUUGUUUGUUUGGGUAGCUCUCAGAGGAAAUACCCCUCCUAAAAUACACUCGUCCUAGCCCUCAUGUGCUUAACCUUGCUUUGCGAGAAGACUCACGAGGGUAUGUAGUGCAUUGUGGCAAGGACGAGGUCAAGAGAGCGGUCAGUGUGAUUUGGAUUGCAUGCAGCUGACUCCUCCUCACUGUGGUCAGGCAGGCUGCAGUGUGUUGAUUGUAGAGCUGAACAUCCCAGAUGUUGUCUGUCCUAUCUGUUCUCUGCUACCAGCCGAUGCUCCGGUGCCUUCUAUCACUGACAAGUAUUGUCCUAAUCCAGAGCUUUCACUCUCCACUUAGACUGGCCAUGGGUUUGGUUUGUGAAGACGGUUCCAGGUUGUUGUAUUGUGUUCAUGCAGCAAACCUGGACCAGUGGCUGUGAUCUUUGGAUUGGAAAUUUGGUCCUCCCUGUGACACAGAGUCCCGUUAAUGUAGUCAUCCUCGAAUGUGUAAGUCUUGUUUCUCAGCCAUUCAUGAUAAUAAUGUGCGGACGAAUCAUUGAUAAAACCAAUAAAUGUACUUCUUUAGAGCACAAAGCGAGGGCCUAUUUUAGUUUGUAUACAUAGUGAAUUUGAAUCUUUUUCUAGAGUGGCUUUCCUUUUCUUUGCAUGCUCAACUUGAUUGUUUGCAUAAGUAUUUUAGAAAAGCCGAAAGUUGAAUUUCAAUUGAAUUUGAAGCAACACUUGUACAUUGUUUGAUAUUUUUCUUUUUGUAAUGAUUUUUUAAAUUCAUAAAGCAUUUUUGUACAUUGUAUGAAUAUUAAAAACUGCAAAUAUUUGACAUAUAGAGUAAAUACUAGAUGCACAUGCAUAUGCAUAUAUUCUUCACCGUAUGUAUGUGUAAGUGUACACAUAUAUUUUGUAUUUGCAUUUGCUAGCGUACAGAUAUAUGUCUGAAGCACAUAUAUACAUGCAAUAUAUAUGUAUAUCCAUGUCUGUCGGCAUGCUUUUGGUCAUGUUUAUCUUUCAUGAUCUUGUAGGUAUUUUUUUUGUUUUGUUUAACUUCUUUUUCCUGAGAAAGAAAAGCUCAUUCUUUUGCUAUCCUUCUGUUGGCUGGCUGCGUUGAGCACUUAUUAAGAAGAACUACAGUUGAAGUUGUUCAUGUUAUCCAUUGUGUGAAAUAAUAAAUGACUUUAUUGACAGCUUACGAUGCUGUUAUGAUG